GUUAUGCCAGGUUCUACCAUCAACUUCAUUCCUCCCUAUGUGAGACUGUCCUAUCAUAACGCUGUCGGCUGACUCUUGCAUGCCUCGCACAUGAUCAAUGCUUACAAUAGACACGGACCCAAGCAUCAAAUUGCUCAAGGUACCUCAUUGGGUGCCAGUCAAUAUUUAAUCGAUGACUGUACCAGACGAUUCAAAUCAACUCCUCGCUCCAGUGGAUUCUGCAUCGUCAUUGAUCUUCGUUUCUCACCUACACGUCGCGAAGAAGAGCCUUGUCGACCCUUCUUGCUGUGCUUUUUUUUCUUUUGAACGAUGUCUCUCGCUGACGAGAAAUUGGAAACGACUGAUGCUUCGUCUGGUUUAUCCAGCCAUUCCCGCGAUGAUCUCGAGAAGAGAUUAGUGAGGAAGCUCGAUCAACGUAUGUCCAUUAUCGUGCUUUUGUAUAUCAUGAACAAUAUCGACAGAGGGAAUAUCACUAGCGCACGGUUGGCAGGUUUUGAGGAAGACCUGCACCUGCAGGGGAAUCAAUACGCGACGCUCUUGUCUAUAAUCUAUGUGGGUUUCAUUAUCAUGCAAGUGCCAGCGAACAUGUUUCUGCACUGGCUAGAGAGACCUGCCAUCCUGAUUCCAUGGAGUAUGGUGAUAUGGGGUAUAAUAUCAACAUUAACAGGGCUCACACAGAAUUAUACCCAGGCCCUUCUCGCCCGUUUACUCCUUGGUUUCGCCGAAGCACCUUUCUUCCCUGGCAUCAUAUUUCUUAUAUCAGGAUGGUAUAAGCGAGACGAACUCGCUGUGAGAGUGACACUCGUUAGUUUUGGAAGCGUGCUUAGCACUGCGUUCGGAUCCCUGUUUGCAUCUGGUGUACUUACAGGCAUGCAGGGAAACCUGGGUCAAGCCGGAUGGAGGCAAGAUACGUGGUUGUUUUACCUCGAAGGUGGCAUCACCAUCAUAGUCGCGAUCUGUGCGAUGUUCAUACUCCCUAGUUUCCCUCACAACACCAAAUGGCUCACUCCGGAGGAAAGAUCGCUCGCUAUCUCUCGCCUUGCAGACGAUGGCUAUGGAAGAAUGGACGGGCCUGGGAAACGGACGUCCAUACAAGGACUGCGGGAUGCUCUGUGCGACUGGAAGGUAUGGUGGUUUACAAUCUUGCUCACCAUCGAACGUAUCGCGCUGUCAUUUGGCUUUUAUUUCCCGACACUCGUCGCGAGCAUGGGAUAUGAUAUGACGGUGACUUUGCUGCUGGUUGUUCCUCCAUCAGUGCUCGCCACGAUUGGCGCUUUUGUUUUUUCAAGGUACUCCGACCGUACGCAAAAGCGUGCCAUGUUUAUCCUUGCAUCCAAUGCAUUGACUGCCGUCGGAUUCAUCAUAUCCUUCUGUACGAUGAACACGGCCGCGCGCUAUACUUCCCUGUUCCUGAUGACUCAAAACGCCGGCGGACAAAUGGUUUUCUGGGCAUGGAUAAAGAACACUUUUGUCAGAGAACCUGCAAAGCGAGCUGUCGCUAUCGCUGUGAUCAGUGGACUGUCUUCGGUGGGGAGCAUCGCUGGACCGUUCCUCUGGCCUCUCAACUGGGGCCCGACGUAUCGUUAUUCGUACGCCAUCUGCAUCGCAACGCUUGGGGUGGCGACGGCCAUGAUUGGUGUCAUGCAUUUGCAUUUGAAGUGGGUGAAUGCGCAGAUUGAAAGGAACGAGCAGGAUGUCAAGAAUAUCAACGACCUUCCGGACCCUGUCGGUUUUAGAUAUCUGGUGUAGUCAACGAUCCAUGGGACUCUCGCAUCAAGUACUUAUAGGCGAAACUACUGUGUAGCGGAGUGGGAUAGCAUGAUUUUAUGCAGUCGACCUAUACGAUCGACAGCCGAGUAUACUAUGACGAGAUGUAUGAUAGAAAUUGAAGAAAAGAAAUUGUUCACGUGAACAUCAUAGUUGACAGCGAAGCGUUACAAAAUUACAUUGCGGGGAAGAGUCCGCGGGAUAAGCAAUAGGUGCGUAGGCAUCGCAAUAUCAUACAACAGCGUUCCAAAUAAAAUCAUCCUUCUUCACCAGCCGCACAUUCAGCGGCACCUGUGGCGUUACGCCAUCCCCAGCGGGAGGCUUCACCACAGGAAUAUGAAAUGCUCGUAGCUUCCAUUGAAUCUCCUUCACGUGACCUUGUGUAUUCGGUUCCGUCGGGAGCGAGAAGUGCAAA